AUGUCCAGCGGCGUUGACGUACGACGGUCCCGUCCUGGCAUCUGGUCCUACUUCUCCUUCUCGGGCCCCCGCCGCCGUAUCUCCGUGUCGCUCCCUCGCAGCGAACCUAUUACCGCCAACGACGACCCCUUCGAGAAGCCUGACAGGCACUCGCGACACCGCUCCACCUCUAUGAACGACUACAAGACGGCCGCGACCAUGAACGGCGGGCAGCGGGCGCGGUACCUCAAGACAGGUGGCUUCAUCGCCUUUAUCAUACUGGUACUAUACUUCAUUGCGCCGAGGGAUGGCCUGGCGAGAGCGGGCGAAUCGAUCUCGAAAGGACAGGGCCAAACAGCUGCGCCCGGCGCAGGGCCGGUAACAUGCACAAAGUCCUAUUCCAAGGACAAGCCGCUCAUCCAGUAUGCCCUCAUGAUCGACGCAGGCAGCACUGGCUCUCGGAUCCACGCCUACAAAUUCAAUAAUUGCGGUCCUACGCCGGAACUCGAGCAGGAGUUCUUCAAGAUGACUGAGAAGAAGGAGGGGGGUUCUGGACUCUCGUCAUACGAUGCCGACGCAGAGGGCGCCGCCGCAAGUUUAGAUGUUUUGAUGGACUACGCACUCGAAAGCGUACCUGAGAACUACCGCUCCUGCUCGCCCAUCGCCGUCAAGGCCACUGCUGGUCUUCGCAAGCUCGGUGAGGAAAAGAGCAACAACACCUUGAAGGCUGUGCGUAAGCGUCUGGAGACCAAAUACCCCUUCCCGGUCAUUUCGGAGGAGAAGGGCGGUGUAGAGGUAAUGCCCGGUGAGCAGGAAGGUGUCUACGCCUGGAUCACCACCAACUACCUCCUCGGCAAGAUUGGCGGCCCAGACAAGACACCCACAGCUGCCAUUCUCGAUCUUGGCGGCGGUUCCACCCAGAUCGUCUUCGAGCCGACCUUCCCCAAGUCCGCGAGCGGCGGUCUCCCCGAAAAGCUCGCCGACGGCGACCACAAAUACGAGCUCAGCUUCGGCGGUCGCGACUUCACCCUCUACCAACACUCCUACCUUGGCUACGGCCUCAUGGAAGCCCGCAAUAACCUCCACAGCGCCAUCAUCGACUCCGUCUACCAAGACACCAAAGAGAGCGGCGACCGCGAAUGGCUCAAGAAGCCCAUCAUCAACCCAUGCAUCGCUCCAGGCAUGAGUCGCAAAGUCGAGGUCACCCUGCCGAAAGACCACGCCCUCGGCGCCACCGUCACAGUCAACAUGACCGGCCCCGCUACCGGCGCCCCGGCCCAGUGCCGCGGCUUUGCAGAGAAAACACUGGAAAAGGAUGCGGAGUGCAAACUCGCGCCCUGUGCAUUCCGCGGCGUGCACCAACCCUCCAUCGAGAAGACCUUCGCCCGCGAAGACGUCUUCCUCUUCAGCUACUUCUACGACCGCACGAAGCCGCUCGGCAUGCCGGACUCUUUCUCGCUUGCGGAACUUAGGGACCUGACGCACCGCGUGUGCCACGGCGAGCAGAUGUGGGAUGCAUUCAAGAGCGUGGAGGGCGCGAUGAAGGACCUGAGGGACCGCCCGGAGUGGUGUUUGGAUCUGAACUUCCAGCUGGCGCUCUUGCACACUGGGUAUGAGAUGCCGAUUGACAGGGAAGUCAAGAUCGCAAAGAAGAUUAAAGGAAAUGAGUUGGGGUGGUGUUUGGGUGCUAGUCUUCCUCUUCUCGAGAAGGAGUCGGGAUGGCAGUGCAGGAUCAAGCAGGUCCAGUAA